AAAAAACAGUGCCGAUUUAGACGGAUCGGCAACUAAACAUGUGACUAAAAAGGAUAAUUUAUUGUAUAAUCUUCGAUUAUUAUUAAAACAAUACUUCUCAGAAAAUCGAAAAAAAAACUCUUUCCCCUUUCCAUUUUUUCACAUAGAAAUCCGCAGUUAAAUACUGUUUUCUUAUUUACACGCCUUUUACGUUUUCAACGUUCGAGAAGAAAGAAGACCACUGGGUGGCUUCUUAUGGAAAGGUUCUUCUCCUUAUUACCCGACCUCUGAAAGAAGUUUUUAUUAUACUUUACCUUAUUUUUACAAAACAUAUUAAAAUAUGGUUUUUACUUUUCAAAAACCUAUCCCCUUGGGAAAAUUUUCUUUCGACGUCUCAUUCCAUAAAUUUCACGUGACUAGACCCAAUCGGGCUGGAUGUAACAAGAUUUACGAAAUCAGAAGAUCAAAAAGUUUCUUUUUUGAGUUAGCAGAUAAAUCAACAAACACCAAUGAUAUUCAUCUUAAAAUACACACAAAUGAUUAUCACAUGAACUCAACCCCUAUUAGCUACUCUUCCACCUGUAGCUUUCCUAAUCUGAAAUAUCAGAUUAGUAAGAUGUUACAACAUUUUUUUUCUCAUCAAAAAGUCAUCCCACGCUCCAUUCAAAAGAGAUAUUUUAAUCUUAUUCGUUCUAAAUUACUCGAUAGAUACUUCGUUAUCAAAUCACGUGCUGACAGUGUCACACAAAGAAAUUCCCGCACAAAAACUUUCUUUAAUUUCUCCUAUAAACGUUAUCGUUUUCACUUUGGUAUUUUUAUACCAUGUAAUUUUUUUACCACUUAUAAUUUUGGAACUGAACACACACAGUUGUGUUGUGUCCCCUCCCCUUACAUCAUGUCUCAUAAUAGACGAGCUUGUGUUUCUCAUCAUAAAAAUUUAGAUAUUUUUCAUAAUAUCAAGAAACACACGCCGAUAUCGAAUAAUAACACUAUCAACAACAAACGUUUCCAUGCAACCCUUAUUCAUAAUCAAUGGCAACGUCGUAUCAAAAAACACAUUUAUUCAAAUCGCCUUGGAAUUUCCUACGAUGUUUCAUAUUUAGCUAAUAGACAUAAAUAUCCUUCCACAUACGACGAUCGUCGUAUGUACCGAAAACGAUUGGAUAAUUUCCGCUCACACCACUCCGAUAGUAGUAAAAGGAGUAAAAAACAAAAUCCCGCUUUCAACGGGCAUGUAGAUCUGUUUUCUACAAUCGUGGUAACAACCAAAAAACUCAUAGACGCGUGAAUACUCUUGACGAAAAGCUUCACCGUGCUAGACAACACCGUUUCUUAUUUUUACCUUCACAAUAUAUUAAUAAACCUAUACAACAUUUAAAACAUCAUAAAAGACUAGUGCUCAGAGAUGAGGAACAUUACAAUUUUCCUAUACCCCCUGCAUCACUCAGACCUUUAGGCGCAAUAGCCGCUCUGAACCUCGCUUUUGACCAAGCGCUUCGAUCAUAUCGAGGGAAUGAUUCAAUUAGUACUUCAAAUACUCAUUCACCUGCCACCACCUCACAACCCAUUCUCCU